AUGGCUGGCAGCUGGGAGAACUACCUGCGUGAUUGCUCUCCUGAGGAGGUUAUAUACCCAGUCGCUCAAUCAAGCAGGAACUUAAGGUUCUUUGAAGCCACGACCAUGUUACUUGGAACCAGGCCUAACACGCAACAUCCUCAAACUAGUUCUAAGAGAAAGUCAACAGACGUUGAUGAAUUGUUCGAUACAGAGCAUUUUCCACCAGUAUUCGAUAAUUACUGGGAUGACCAGAGCCAUGUUUCUGAGCCAAAUGACAUUGAGGCCUCGCCCAGAGGGAAAAAGCUUUACUAUGAGGAAGAGCUUGAGAACUCCCUCGCAUAUCCUUUUGAGGGGACUAAUAAUGUCGGAGCGGCUGCUUUGGACGAUAUUUUAAGUCUUCUCAAACCGGAAACAUUCAACUGGGCAGAUGAUGUCGAGGAUUCUGUUGACCACACGUCCCCAGAAGUGUCACUAUUCGUCAUUGUGUCUCCGCCAAAGCCUCUAUUCUCAGGGCGUUUAAUGCGUCAAGCUGUAACGCUCUGGCAAGCAAUGAAAUUCGUGGAUCCCAUCCUCUAUCGUGGUGACUGGGAAGACUUGAAAUUUUCAGGGCGGGAGUUGUUGAAAGCCAUCACCGGCCAAGCGUUCCAAUUCUACACUCCGGCAGGCACAUGGCAACAUGACACACACCAACCUGACAUCCAACAGCCGAUCGUUGACCCAUCGAACCCACAGUUCUAUGCCAGCGAGAAAGGUCUCCCGCUCAACGGAUGGUUAACGAACAGUAUCUUAAGGGGCCUAGUAGUGCACCAGUUGCCAGGAGCGGACAAAUUCUACUACGCUGUAGACUUCAUAUCGUUAGCUAUCUUCUAA